AUGAACAAUAACAAGUCAAUACUAUUCUUUAAAGCACCAAAGGAUGAUACUGAUGUUGAUCCCUAUCAAUCGUUGUUUGAAGAUCAUUCAUAUAAUGUAUACUUCAUGCCAUUGUUAAAGAUUACAUAUUGUAAUGUGGAUAGGUUGAAACAAUGUAUGGUAGAUAAUGUAGAUUGUUAUAGCUCAUUGGUUAUAACAUCUUGUAAUGCAGUUGGUACAAUCAAGUUGAUGAUCGAUACUUAUCAAGACGAGACGACGAUUGAUGCUAUCAAGUGUUGGUUGACUGAGAAGAAACUCUAUAUUGUUGGUCAGACUUCACUCAAUGCUUUAAAGUCCAUCGCCACGAGUAUAGGCCUAAACACAUCAUCUCUAUCGCAUGCAGUUGUUCUUGGUAAUGCCAGAUCAUUGGCUGAGUCGAUUGUACAAAGACAGGAAAUUCCUACAUCAGAGAGUGAACAUCAACGACAACGACUUCUCUAUCCAUGUGGCAACUUAAGGAGAGACGAGUUACCAACUAUUCUUGUACAGGGUGGAUGUCUUGUCGAUGAAGUCACUGCAUACACCACGUCAACAGCGACAAACAUCUCUGGUGACACUUUGAUUGAUGCGCUCGCUGUCAAGACUGACAAUGGGUUGUCCAUACCUCCACGGCUGGACUGGGUGGUCUACUUCAGCCCUUCAGGGUUCGAGUGCAUGAGCCAUCUUCAACAGACACAUCCUCUUCUAUCGCAGGCUAAGAUCGCAGUGAUAGGCCCUACAACAGGAGACGCGGUACUUCGAUGCAACAACAACAACAACAUCAGCGGCAACAGGCCUGCCGUGUCAGCAACGGCAUCUUUGCCCACGCCAGAGUCUCUGCUCUAUGCGAUCACACUCUCAUCUGACCAAGACGAAACGGUGCAUAAGAGUUGA